AGGAAGCGCGCAGUUCGCUCCUGCGCGUGUUUCCUUAGAAAUCUGAGUUCGGUCCGGGUCUUUCCCAAGUCCAAGUACUGUACAUAGAUAGGAUCGUAGUUCCUGAGGGGUUGCCGACCUUUCAAAAAGUGGCGUUUGCUGCUGGGAAUCUGAAGCCUUCUAUCCCCUUCUACAGCAACAAAGGAAGCAAAAAAUGCAUAAUUAGGCAGAAUCCCCCCCCCCCAAUUCCCGACAAUAUGAACACGGAAGAUUCAUGUUCUUGUGGGACUGCAGCUGUUGUUACUGAGCCACAGUUUACUCAGCUAUUCAGGAAAGUUUUACAAAGAGAGGGUUUCCUGGACAGCAGUUACCGUGUGCAGAAGCUUCCUAAUGGUGCCAUAGCCUUGCCUGUGUUGGGUCAAAAGCUCACAGCAGAGCACCUGCAUCAGCUGAAGGAAAGUAUCCUGCCUGGGAAGACCUGUGCUCUAACAUGGAUUCUGAAUCCCGUUCCUUCAAAAGCUGCCCAAUUCCGACCUCCCAUCCAGAAACUGUAUGAUGAGUUGCGGUGCCUGAUGUUGAGCCAUGGAGUUGCCUGGUCAAAAGAAUUGGAGAGAGAUCUACCACGCUCCUGGCAACGGCACGGGGAUCUGGUUCUGUUCAGUGAGGAGAGCUUCAGAGAACCGCUAUGGGGAGAGCUGGGACAAGAGCUCUGGGAGGUGGUUGCUGGUGCACUCGGGGCCCAGCGUUUGGCAAAACGUGGACGCGUGCAGUCAGAUUUGUUUCGAUCCCCAACAGUGACCUUGUUGCUGGGGGAGGAUGGCUGGGUUGAACACGUAGAGAAUGGAAUUCGGUACAUGUUUGAGGUGACACAGUGCAUGCUGUCUCCAGGAAACAUCACCGAGAAGCUGCGAAUAGCAUCUCUCAACUGUGCUGGGGAAGUGGUGGUAGACCUCUACGCUGGGAUUGGCUAUUUCACCCUGCCGUACCUCAUUCAUGCUGGUGCUGCCUUUGUCCAUGCCUGCGAGUGGAACCCACAUGCUGUGGAAGCACUGCAGAAGAAUUUGCAACUGAACCGUGUGCAGGAUCGGUGCCUCGUUCACCAGGGAGAUAACCAGAAGCUGGAACUGUGGGAUGUGGCUGACAGGGUGAAUCUGGGACUGAUCCCCACAUCGGAGGCAGGAUGGCCAAUCGCCUGCCGGGUUUUGCGGAAAGAUGUGGGUGGGAUCCUGCAUAUCCACCAGAAUGUGGAAUCCUUUCCAGUGAAUGCCCUUAGGCUGCACCACAAGCCACAUCAACCUCGUGAGCAGCUUCCAGUGCAAGUGGUGUCCAACGUACAAGAGGACAAGGUGACCCUUGGGGACCACAGUGUUCUGCAGGAAGCAGGAAGGAAGGACCUGGCCCUCUCAGGCAGGGACGAGUGGCAAAGGUGGGCAGAGGCCACAGCAACCCAGAUCAGGACUUUGCUUCAGGAUUUGGAUGGGAAGCAGUGGAGGACAAAAAUCCUGCACAUUGAGCAAGUGAAAUCUUACGCCCCUCAUGUGCACCACCUGGUCUUGGAUUUGGGCUGCCAGCCCCUUAUGUAGUUAGUUGGCUUUCCUACAGGAGCAGCACUAGGAGAAAGGUCCCCCAUCUUUAUGGGCCUGGGGGCACAUUUGGGAAUAUGAGGAGCUGUCAUAGGCAGCACAAAAUACCCAUUUUGCAGAAGUGAAGACUGGUGAGGCUCAGAACUUCUGACCUAGACAGGAGAAACAACUGCAACCUUCCCUCCUCAAGCCCCAAGUAAAACACAGACACAAAAGGAGGAGGAAACUGCUUCCCAAACAACAAAAGCAAACAACAAAACAAAAAGAACUUGCCU